CUCGAGACUUGGUUAAGGCAUCAACUGUGAAGGCCCUAUAUAAAUCCUGCUCUCUCCUUAGAAUUUCUCAAGCUAGAGAAGAUGAUCCAAAGAGCAGAUGCUCGGCAAGUUUCUUUCUCGAAACGGCGAUCUGGGCUCUUCAAGAAGGCCAGCGAACUCUGCACCUUGUGCGGUGCUGAGACUGCCCUUAUCAUCUUCUCCCCCAGGGGGAAGGCCUUCUCCUUUGGCCAUCCUUCUGUUGCUGCUGUAAUAGACAGGGUUGGCCGCCCUGGGAGGCUAGAUGCUGAUACAAUUCGGGAAGCUGAGGCUCACCAAGAGAGCGUUCUCCGCAACCUGAACAAGCAGUAUUCUGAUCUUCUCAACCAGUUGGAAGCUGAAAAAAAGCGAGGAGAGGAACUCAAGCAGCUGAGGAAGGAAUAUUGCCAGGGGCAGGGGCGCUGCUUGUUUGAUGUCCCAAUAAAUGAACUCAGCUUUGAGGAGCUGCUGACCCAGAAGGCGGCAAUGGAAGAACUCAUGGGAAAAUUAGUCAACCACAGAGAGCAGCAUCUUCUGGCCCGGGAUUCUGCUCUGACUCAGCCGGGGGGCAGUUCUUCUGUUGUAGGCCAUUGAUAUCUGUUUCUCUGAAUAAGUUGAUGGAAGAGAGUUUGGGUUAGCUGUUUUUCUUCAUGGGGUUUCAGAUUUUUGUAUUACUUUCAGUUUGCUCGAUCUCUUCCUCUAUAUGAUGUUGGCUUUUCCAAUAACAAUAAUACUCAUGAAAGAAUCUUUCAAAUA